AUGGAUGAAACCGACUAUGCCCAUCUGCUUCAGCACUACAAAACAUCCUAUGAUCUUCCCGACCUUGUCAGUUACCAAUAUGCCACGCUCACAAACUCCUUUGUUGACAAUGAAAUCACAAAGUUGAAGUUCAUUGACUUACUUGGUCAACAGUACCGUGGUAAAAACGGUUCAGCUAGUUGUGGUUCUCUUGUCCACGUAAUGUUUGUUGGUAGUGACGGUAGAAAUACCCUAGCCUAUGCUGGACAAAUACAGUAUCUCUUCACACACUCCUUUACACACCCUUCUAACAGCAAUCUCCACCUGACUCGCAUGGUUCAUGAUCAUCAACAUGUAUUCGCAUAUAUCAAGUGGUUUAAUACUUCCUCUGAUAGAUUGCGUGAGGAUGACGGUCUUGAGUUUUGUCUCCCCACCUUCUCCCCCGAUAGUCGCCAUUGCAUUGUACCUGUGCACCGCAUCUUUUUAGAGAUUGCUACAGCCAGGAUUACUACAAGUAGAAAUGUUAGUAAGAUGUUAAGCCCGUCUCUAAGAGCCCACCGAGGAAAAUUGGGGCUAAUGUUAUCCGGGACUGCUGAGUUGGACACACUAGUAGUGAUCCUACGGAUCCUUUGA